AUGGAAUAUGCAGCUUCUUGUGGAAAACUAGAGAUUGUCAUGUGGCUCUAUGAGCAAGAGAUAGAAAGACAGGAGAAGGGCAUGAACAGUAGAGAGAUGAAGGAAGUGAUUGUACAUAUGGUACAACCACUAGAGAAUCAGCUACAGGUGCUCAAUUGGGUUGCAGUGUUUCCUAGAGAGAAAUACUUUCGAGAAGGGUUUGCAUCAAGAGCAGGUCUUUUAGCUGCCAUCUAUGAUCAACGUGAUCCUUUACUACCAUGGAAUGAUAUGGAAGCAUUGAAUACACUAUUUGAAAGAAGAAGGUAUCGAGCUUUGGAUACAGCUGCUGCUCAAGGUGAUUUGACAAUGGUCACGAAAUUACAUGAAGAUGGAAGAUGGCCUUGUACUAGUUUUGCAAUGGACAUGGCUGCUGCAAAUGGACAUUUGGAAGUUGUCAAGUUUCUGCAUGAACAUCGUAGAGAAGGAGGAACUGCAGUUGGAAUGUGCAGUGCGGCAGGUAAUGGACAUUUACCAGUCGUGCAGUGGCUCUAUGAGAAUCGAAGUAGCGAUGGAUGCCGCCCGAUGGUCUUGGAUCUAGCAGCUACUAAUGGUCAUAUUGAGGUACUGCGCUGGUUGGCGCCUCGCUUCACGCAGUUCUCAUGCUCGCCUGCGUUUUUACCAAGCGUCGCAACUCAUGGCAACAUUAAGACGUUGCAAUAUCUCCAUGAAGAAAUGGAAAUGCCACUGGACCAACGUACUCUCGAAGCUGCUAUUGGAUCGGGGCAUUUUGAGCUUGUGAAAUAUGUUUCUGAUCGGAUUUCGGCUGAAGCGAAGCACACAUUGUCUCCUACAACUACUGAAAAGGCGGCUGCAAGUGGCAACCUCGAAGUGUUGGCAUUCGUCGUUGAGCGGCUUGGCCUUUGGUCGCCACGAGUAUUGAUUGCUGCAGCUUCUACAGGAAAUGUUGAGAUGGCGGAAUGGAUUGUCAAGCGAAUGGACGGUUUUCUAGCAGAACCACAGGAGGUAGUCUUGGUGCGGGAGCGGCGAGACCGCGCUGCCACAUCUAUCGUCAUCGAUACAGCGCUAUUGGAUCCGUCUUCUGCUUUGACCAAACGGCGAGUGUCUUAUGAUAACAUCACAUCAGCUGACUGUGCGUGGCCGCUGAACAUCGUGGACGGCAGCACACUAUAUCGCUGUGCAUCGCUUCGUCACUUUAACAUGGUUGAGUGGUUACUUAAACACAGAUUGACUUCACCGAGCUUUUCAAUAUUUAUGAAAGAAUCCGAAAUUAGCAUGCGCUCCGUAGCUAAGCGAGGUACUACCGACGACGAGUCAUUUGAUGCAGUUGAAUUGUUUGGCGGUUGCAAUGGUGAUACGAGUGCUGGUAUAACGGAUACAUCUACUGCAAUGCCAAUUGCAACGGCAAACCGCAGCGAUAUUGGACUGAAUGGGAAUGGUGGUGCGAAUCGCAUUGCCGGUGCCCGAUCAACCAUUGAUGGCAAGCAGUCUGAACUCGAGCCUUUUGCUUGGGCUCUUCCCGCAAAGACAAAUCCAUAUUGGCAAACCAAGCUCGUGCAUCUUGUUGUACAGUAUUGUCCGGAGUCAUCGUUGAAGCUGGAAUGGCUGCCGUUGUGGGCGGCUCAGCGUGGUGACUUGUUUGUGCUGAAGCAGCUCUAUUCUGUAAAGCACCCACAACUGUUCACACAGCAGACAUUUACAGCUAUUAUGCGCUACACGAAAGCUGGAGAUGCUCUGCAAUGGUUUCAAACGCACAGCCCAAUUCUCAUGGGCGACCCAUCCAUUGUGGAAUGGGGCGUGAAAUAUCGUCAGUUUGUAUACCUCACGUACGUGUUCCUCGAUUUCCAGCCCGUACGAACUGAAGAGCGAUUUCGUCAGCAUGGCGUCGAGUAUGCCCUCCACGUGGCGAGUGCUUUGGGUCACCUUGACGUCGUGACAUGGAUAUGUGGGAACUGCGAGAUCUUUUUGAAAGUUCCAGCAGCGGAGCUUCAUGCAAAGUUAGGAAGACUCACGAUCUGGAAGGACGCACUGCUUGCUGCUGCGCGUUGUGGGCAGAUCGGUAUUCUAGCAUGGCUGCACGAAAAGUUUACAUUUUUCCGCAAGGUACCUGACAGUCCUCGUAAAAUGGCAGUCGUCAGGUCUAUGGCCGAUGCCGCCGCUGGAUACGGCCAAUUGCGUGUCCUGCGCUGGCUUCGAUCGACAGUUUGCCCUCAAAUGGUAUCUCACAAGGACAAGUGUGCUACGCCUGACGAUUUAGCAGCCACUGAUGCAUCGACAAGGGUGAAAACUAGCUUUGUUUCAACUAGUGGGCUCCUGGAGGCCAUGGUAAAUUGUCACGUGGAUGUGGUGCAAUGGGUUUGUGCUGUUGAUGUUGAACUAGUGAGCCAGCAAACUCCAAAUCGUCGUGGAGAGCUUGCAACUUUUCUUCGAGAAGAGGCUGACGGAUUUGUAUCGUCCAAGUUAGGAUUUGUUUUCCCACCACUUUGA